ACGCGCAGCACACAAUGCUCACGCCGACAGACAAAACCAGCUUAAACGCCACUGUAACAGUUCACGCAGUCGGUCGGCUGUACUGAUGCGUACGUUGCUGAUUGUAUGAUGUUUCUAAGGCGAAAAAAUUGGCAAACAGCGAGUGAGAAGCUUGACGCGCCAAAGUCUUCAAUUCCGCGCAAGAAAUCCAAUUGAAAUCCCAGCGGCCGUCACAUUAAGCGUUUGUCAGCGUGUCAGAAGGUGCAUUUUAAUCAUCUCCCACUUCGCCCGACGAUGCGGCUGUGCUAGCGGCAAAGGUCACUUGACUCCCGCCUAAUCUGCGUAUAUAAUGGCCUAUCCCCCGUUUUUAUUUCCCCCCUCCUCGGCCCACCGCGGCCCCCCGGAUUUCUCCAUGAACUCCAUUUUAUCGGGAAGCCCCGCCCAUCCGCAGCACUCGCUGCCGGGCGGCAACCCCUUCUUCCCGCACAUGCCGCCGUUCCCCAUGCACUCCUUCUCCAACCCCUUCUUCAACAAGUUCCCCGCCCCCUUUCCCCCGGGGGCGCCCUCCGGCCCCUCCCUUUUGGGCGGAGGGGCGCCGCUGGACUUCGGCGCGCACCAGCGGCCGGUGCGGACGGUGGAGCCGGGCCAGGACGACGUGGAGGACGACCCGAAAGUGGAGCUGGACCAGACUGAGUUGUGGACGGAGUUCCACAAUCUCGGCACGGAAAUGGUGAUUACCAAAAGCGGCAGGAGAAUUUUCCCCGCAUAUAAAGUCAAGAUAUCGGGAUUGGAUAAAAAAGCGAAAUACUUUCUUCUGAUGGAUGUCAUGCCUGCGGAUGAUUGCCGGUAUAAAUUUCACAAUUCACGGUGGAUGGUGGCGGGAAAAGCCGACCCGGAAAUGCAUAAACACACGUACAUUCAUCCGGAUUCACCCAGUACCGGCGAGCAGUGGAUGCAGAAGAUCGUCUCCUUCCAUAAACUCAAACUGACCAAUAACAUCUCCGACAAGCACGGCUAUACGAUCUUAAAUUCGAUGCACAAGUAUUUACCCCGCGUUCACGUGGUACGCGCUAGUGAUCUACGGGGAUUGGCUUAUAACGCCUACCGGACGUUUGUCUUCCCGGAAACCGCCUUCAUUGCCGUGACCGCGUAUCAAAACGAGAAGAUCACGCAGCUGAAGAUCGACAACAACCCCUUCGCCAAGGGAUUCCGCGACACCGGCGCCGGGAAGCGCGAGAAAAAGCGCGUCUCAAAUAGUCCUGAGCGUUCCCGACACUCCAACCACUCCCAUGAGCGGCAUCAGUAUUCCGCACCGAGCGUUACCGCUCACAUGCCAAACAAAGAUCGUUCUCAUAAAUCGCACACCCGUGAAUUAAGGGAUAACAAACCCGUCGAUGCACCAACCACUGACGCGCAACACAAUCAUUCACGCACGGAAAUACAUCCAGCAAAAGCCCAAACAGACGACGACGGUUCCGAUAUUUCCGAUAACGAGAACGACCCGAGCGCCAAUCGCGAGUCGCCCGAAAAGUUGUCCGGAUCGAAAUCCAAACUGGACGAUUCACCACCUUCCGAACCGUCCACGGGCGGCCGUCUUCCGCAGUUUCCCGCAUUCUCCCCGACGGGUCCCCUCGUACCCUUCCUGUACCCACCGGGUUAUCCCCGACCUCCGGUCGAUCCGCGUUUCGAGCACAUCCCGCAUUUCGCCGGCCUCCAUCCGUUCUUCCAUCAAGCGGCAGCCAGUGGCAACCCGUUCUUCUCCAAUAUGUUCUACACCCAGGGACUUCCGGGAAUGCAUCCGUAUCAUUUGGGUCCGCCGGUGGGGUUCCCUAAACCUAACCGCUUCACACCGUAUCAAGUGCCGCAGACGCGAUCUUCCCUGUCCCGCUCGCCGAUGGAAACACCGUCGGACGGGCGAAGUGUGACCCCGGUAUCACGCAGUUCCGCCUCCAGCGCCUCCCCGAAACCCCGCUUGCGAGGCCAGCAAAUGUAAAAGAGAUUAAAGACUUGUGGUUUUUUUGUGCCUGUGUUGUCGUUGUUUAGCUUUUGAAGACCAGCACGUGACAAUAUUAAUGGCGAACUGUUGGUGACAAAUUAAGUGACGAAAUUCAUUAAAACUUCUGUGAUACAUUGCUGGCUUACGGUGGUGGCAGUAAAGGAACUUAUACGUAAGGAACUUUACGAUGA